AUGCACCGAAGGACAUUCUUUCUUUUCCUGUUUAGCAAACCAUUAACUCAGGGUUACGUGGCACAACUUCCGCAGCCAGCCCCCACAGCUCAGCGUACGGCGUGGCGCAGGUGCUUCGAGACCAACAAGGAAGUGCAGGAUAUGUAUACUCCUAAUGCAGAACGCUAUGACGAGUGGUACAGGGAGACGUACGGUCUUGAAGAUAUUAGCGAUGGCUGUGCAGCUUCCGGUGCAUCCUCGAACAGACUAUUAAACGAUGACAAGAACCUAAGUGAGACUGCGGAUGUCGAGGACCUCCGUGCUGCUGAGGAGGAGGUGGAGUGGUGCUCACGACAGUUUAAUCACAAUACGCUGGUACGGUGA